UUUAAAAGUAUUUCUAUGAAGAGUGCUCGGGCACCAAGUCAUAGGAGACCAAGGAAGGAUGCCAUCAGCACCCGAGGAGUGCUGCGGCGCUCCAGCCGAAUCCGCAAACUGGCAGGGAGUUUGCCGCAGGAGGAGAGUGCCAUCAGCGCCCGAAAGGGGGAGCUUGCUUUAUCCCUUCAAUACGUUAUUAAGCAGUUAGAGGAAUGUCAUAAAACAAUGGUUGUGCGGGUUAGUUCACGUGAUGUCGAGGAGCAGCUGAAGGCGACCAAAGCUCUCGGGGAAUUGUUCCGUGACGAAAGAGGCUUUCCUCUUAAAGCAUUCAUAAAAUGUGGUGUUGUUAGUCAAGUUGUUAAGUUUCUAGAGGCGGGACAUUCUGUGCAGCUCCAGCUUGAAGCUGCUAGGGUUCUCACAAAUCUUGGUUCUCAUUGUAUGUCGUGGUAUCCUCGUUUGGUUACUGAGGUGGUGAUUGAAUACGACCUGGUGGAAAAAUUUGUAGAUUUUCUGAACUCUCCAGAUGAUGAUAUUCGUGCUCAGGCUCUCUUGGCACUAGGACAUUUUGCUGCUCGCGAUAAUGAUUGCCGUGACCAUGUUCUUCACCAGAAGGAUUUGCUUUCUUUCCUGGGUGGCUUGAAGGGGAAUGAGGAGCUUUCCAUGCUGAGAUCAACCUCGUGGACUCUAUUGAUGUUUUACAAGGACAAGCUACAACCUGCAUUUGAGCAGGUGAAGCCAGCACUCACAGCUCUUCGUACCCUUGUUUGUUCAAAUGAAGAUGAAGUGCUAAUAAAUGCAUGCGGAGUACUUUGUAUCCUUUUUCGGGGUAAAAAUGACAAUAUUCAAGACGUCAUUGAUGCAGAUGUUUGUCAGCGGCUGCUUGAUCUCCUCACGUAUCCGUCUUCUUCAGUAUUCAUACUUGCCCUCCGUGCAAUUGGAAAUAUUGUUUUCAGUUGCUGCAUCCUUAAACAGCAAAUUAUUGACCGUGGCGUCCUUCAUCGUGUGUCGGAGUUCUUGCUAAGAAAGAACCUUGAGAAAAAAAGACCGAAAAUUGAGAUCUGCAAGACUACAAAGCAUAUUAUCGCUCGGAACGGUGAGGAGUUUGAUGUUGUUGAGAAGAUACAAUACGAUGCCUGCCGGAUAAUAGCGAUUAUUAAUAAAGGGAACAGCAAGCACAUACAGGCUGUAAUUGAUGCUGGAUUAAUAGCUCCUCUGGUCGAAUUGAUUAGCACUGGAGACACCGAACCUCGUGUAAAGCAUAUGGCUGCCUGGGCAAUUUCAAUUGCUAUUACCGAUGGGACUGAUGAACAUAUUAAGCACCUAGUGACAAUGGAGGACUGCUUAAAGCCUAUGUGUGAUUUGCUCAAUUUGGAUUGUUUAAUGACUAUCAGUGUCGCUCUAGAAGGAUUGGUUAAAGUGAUGGAGUCUGCAAAACGCUCUAAUUUUUCUUGUGCCGACAAGUUCCUAGAAUGUGAUUUUGGGAAGUUUUAUAAGACUAGUUGUUAUUUUGUUAACGUUAACCUAUGUGAGAAGGCUUGCACCUUAAUGGCUAACUUGCAGAGGUAUGGUUACAAGCACAAAUAUGAUGUUAAAUAGCCUGUUCCUUGAUGUACCGUCCAUCAUCCUAUCACAGGCAUAACUUUAUUUAUAGUUUCUUUUGCUCUUAUAUAGACGUAGGCCCAUGCUAGAGCCUGGGCCCUACAUUUGUUGAUAAUUGUAUUUCUCUAAUUUCUAAGCGGACCUUAGUAGUUUGAAGUUUGAACAAUCUAUUUUAUGCUAUUCUUUAUGAUU